AUGCAAGUGGAGGCUUCAGCUUCGGCUUCGGUCAAGGCCUUUGAGAUGGUGCAACAGCUGGCAUCCAGCAACGCCGUCGUGGUUUUCAGCUGCAGCGACUGCUGCAUGUCCACGGUGGUGAAGCGCCUCCUCUUCAGCCUAGGAGUGGGCCCCACCAUCGUGGAGCUGGACGAGCAUGCCUCCGGUCAGGCCAUGGAGGCCGCCCUCUACCAGCUCUCCGGCACACUCCAGCCUGUCCCCGCCGUGUUCGUGGGCGGCAAGUUCCUUGGCGGUGUCCAGACUCUGAUGGCGUCGCACAUCAAUGGCAGCCUCAUUCCUCUCCUGAAGGAAGCCGGAGCUCUCUGGCUUUAA